AUGGAAUGCCCAGAAGUGGUUGCAUGGAAUGCAUCAGAAGUGGUUGCAGGGAAUAAACCAGAAGUGGUUGCAGGGAAUAAGCCAGAAGUGGUUGCAGGGAAUAAACCAGAAGUGGUUGCAGGGAAUAAGCCAGAAGUGGUUGCAGGGAAUAAGCCAGAAGUGGUUGCAGGGAAUAAACCAGAAGUGGUUGCAGGGAAUAAGCCAGAAGUGGUUGCAGGGAAUAAGCCAGAAGUGGUUGCAGGGAAUAAGCCAGAAGUGGUUGCAGGGAAUAAGCCAGAAGUGGUUGCAGGGAAUAAGCCAGAAGUGGUUGCAGGGAAUAAACCAGAAGUGGUUGCAGGGAAUAAGCCAGAAGUGGUUGCAGGAAUAAGCCAGAAGUGGUUGCAGGGAAUAAACCAGAAGUGGUUGCAGGGAAUAAGCCAGAAGUGGUUGCAGGGAAUAAGCCAGAAGUGGUUGCAGGGAAUAAGCCAGAAGUGGUUGCAGGGAAUAAGCCAGAAGUGGUUGCAGGGAAUAAGCCAGAAGUGGUUGCAGGGAAUAAGCCAGAAGUGGUUGCAGGGAAUAAGCCAGAAGUGGUUGCAGGGAAUAAGCCAGAAGUGGUUGCAGGGAAUAAGCCAGAAGUGGUUGCAGGGAAUAAGCCAGAAGUGGUUGCAGGGAAUAAGCCAGAAGUGGCUAAAUGGUCAGUAGACCCAAGGGGAAAGCCUAAGGUUGGCUAUAUGUGACCACACUUCACAGAAUUCGCCAGUGGCUGGCUUAAAUGUCAACUGACUUUAGAAACCAAGCCAGAGUUUGGCUAGAUGUCAAUAGACUACUUGUCCUAGAAGAAGCAAGUUGGCUAGAUGUAAGCUGACUCCAAUAUAUAAAGCAUUGGUCCCUUAAAUGUCUACAGACUGCAGAGACUGAGAGGCAGUGUUACAAAUGUUAUAAUUACCCCUUAUUGGGGCAGAACAGCCCUAUUGGGUUUAUUUAAUGGUUAAAUGAUUCCCUUUUCUCUGUAA